UCGCGUAGCGAGCCACUCGGGCUUUAUCCCGUACAGAGGCGUUUCUCCGAGUCCAUCAGAAGGAGAGGCGCAGGGAGAGCCGCGGUCCUCACUUCAGUUACACACUUGCUGCUGAUUUCGCCUUAUUGAUCGGUACGAGUUCUGAUCGACGCGCGGACGGCUUUUGUCUAUUUUUUUGGGGGGUUUUGUGAGUUUUUUUGGGAAAGACUUUCGCUCUCUCUCUCUCUUUUUUUUUUUCUAUCUCUCUCUCUUCCAUUGCGCAUGUUCUCUCUGUCUCUUCUCUAAAAACGCCUCUGCGCCCGAGUCACAACAAUCAACCAAAAGAAAUAUAAGAUAUUUCUAAAUACCUCUGUAUAUCAUACCUGAAGCUUCAGAGCAGGACAUCUACAUCCUACCCAAGAGUUCAGCGCACUGCCCUGUGUUUAUUUUGUAAGAACAUUGUCUGGCUAAUACACGAGCUGCAUCUCGGAUAAACAUGGACGAACACACAAACAACAGGAGAGCGUUUUGUCCUAGAAUAGAAAUAUAACGUGAUAUACACGACAUAGGAUUAGAUCAUAUACACUCCUUCGGUUUUCUUUUCCCACGGAACUAAAGCUAGCAGCUAGCAAAACUCGCAGUUUCUACGCUCGUUUAGCCAGGCUAGUCGCUAAUUAGCCAGUUAGCGCGAGCCCGUGGUGGAGUAGCAAUUGAAUAAUGUCACUUUUUUAUUUGUAGUUUUUUAAAAACUAGACGUGGUAGAGCUAUUAGGUCCUUUUGCACUCUUUCUCAGGGUUAUGAUGAAGGACUUUGGGCGGUUUGGGAGUUAAGCGAAAGGCGGCCAACGUCAGCAGGCGACGUAUAACGUUUUCAGUUAGCAUAACAGUCGGGAGUUAGCAUAGCACGAGUGGGAGCGCGCACGGCAGAGGAGCGAGCAGCGAGCCGGAGAUGCCAUGGUGGCUUUAGCCCGCCGCUUGGACCUUGUGGCGGAGCUGCUGCUUGCCGCUGCUGCCUCGUCUUGCGUGAAUGUGAAGCUCGCCGGGCCCGUGGCCGCUGUUCCUGCGUGGAUGAAGCAGUAGGGGUUUGGAGCUGGUUGCCUGGCUCAGCUUGAAACGCCAUGCAGGCGGCCCAGUGCCAGUACGAUUUCUUCAGCGAGGAGAACGCGCCCAAAUGGAAGGGACUGCUGGUGCCGUCCCUCAACAAGGUGCUAAAUCAGGUACAUCCCAAGCUGUCAUCUCAGGAAGAGGCUCUGCAGUACAUCGAGGAGCUGAUUCUGCUGCUACUGAGCAUGCUCUGUCAGGCCCAACCUCGCACCGUGCAGGAUGUGGAGGAGCGAGUCCAAAAGAGUUUCCCUCACCCCAUUGAUAAGUGGGCCAUCGCGGACGCCCAGGCGGCCAUUGAGAAGAGGAAGAGGAGGAACCCUCUCGCGCUGCCCGUGGACAAGAUUCACCCACUUUUGAAGGAGGUACUAGGCUACAAAAUAGACCACCAGGUGUCUGUGUACAUUGUGGCGGUGUUGGAAUACAUCUCGGCAGACAUCCUGAAGCUGGCUGGAAACUAUGUACGAAAUAUACGGCACUAUGAGAUCUCGCAGCAAGACAUCAGCGUGGCCAUGUGUGCUGAUAAGGUGUUGAUGGACAUGUUCCAUCAGGAUGAGGAGGACAUCAGUGGCUUCCCCCUCAUGGACGAGGAGCCGUUAGCAUUUGAGGCGGCGACCUACUACGACCUGGUGAAAGCAUUCAUGGCUGAGGUGCGUCAGUACCUGAGAGACCUGAACCUUAUCAUAAAGGUGUUCCGCGAGCCAUUCGCCACCAACAUCAUGCUCUUCUCGCACCACGAUGUGGAGAACAUCUUCAGUCGUAUAGUGGACAUCCAUGAGGUGACUUUGAAGCUGCUAGGGCUCAUUGAGGACACGGUUGAGAUGACCGAUGAGGGAAGCCCCCAUCCACUAGUGGGACGCUGCUUCGAGGACUUAGCUGAGGAGCUGGCCUUUGACCCCUACGAGACGUACGCUCAGGACAUCCUGCGGCCAGGAUUCCAUGACCACUUCCUCAGCCAGCUCUCCAAACCCGGUGCAGCCUUCUACCUCCAGUCCAUAUGUGAAGGUUUCAAAGAGGCCGUGCAGUACGUAUUACCUCGGUUGCUCCUGACUCCAGUUUACCACUGCCUCCACCACUUUGAGAUUUUAAAGCAACUGGAGGAGAAAAGUGAGGAUGAGGACGAUAAGGAACGUCUGAAGCAGGCCAUCACAGCACUUCUCAACCUUCAGAGCAGCAUGGAGAGAAUCUGUUCCAAAAGCUUGGCCAAGAGAAGACUCAGCGAGUCGGCCUGCCGCUUCUACAGUCAGCAGAUGAAGGGCAAGCACCUGGCCAUCAAAAAGAUGAACGAGAUCCAGAAGAACAUCGAUGGCUGGGAGGGCAAAGAUAUCGGACAGUGCUGCAACGAGUUCAUAAUGGAGGGCACGUUGACACGGGUGGGCGCCAAGCACGAGCGCCACAUCUUCCUCUUCGACGGGCUCAUGAUCUGCUGCAAGUCCAACCAUGGACAGCCACGCCUACCAGGGGUCAGUGCUGCCGAAUACAGGUUGAAAGAAAAGUUCUUCAUGCGCAAGGUCCAGAUCAACGACAAGGACGACAAGGAGGGUGAGUACCGCCAUGCCUUUGAGCUUAUCCUGAAGGAUGGCAACAGUGUGGUGUUUGCUGCCAAGUCUGCUGAGGAGAAGAAUGGAUGGAUGGCAGCGUUGAUUUCGCUUCAGUACCGCUCAACUCUGGAACGCAUGCUCGACACGGCCAUGCUCCAGGAGGAAAAAGAGGAGCAGAUGAGGCUUCCUGGUGCCGAGAUCUACCGUUUUGCAGAGCUCGACUCUGAGCAGAACGUGGUGUUUGAGGAGAAUGUGCAGUCCCAGUCUGGAAUCCCGAUAAUCAAGGCGGGCACGGUGCUGAAGCUCAUCGAGAGGCUCACCUUUCACAUGUAUGCAGAUCCCAAUUUUGUGCGAACGUUCCUCACCACCUACAGGUCGUUCUGUAAACCGCAGGAGCUGCUGGACCUGCUCAUUGAGAGGUUUGACAUUCCGGAGCCCAAACCCACAGAGGCGGAUCAGAUGGCCAUGGAGAAUGGAGAUCAGCCGCUCAGCGCCGAACUCAAGCGCUUCCGCAAAGAAUACGUCCAGCCUGUGCAACUCAGGGUGCUGAAUGUGUGCCGACACUGGGUGGAGCACCACUUCUACGACUUUGAGAGGGAUGCUCAGCUACUCUGCCGGCUGGAGGAGUUCAUUGGAACAGUUAGAGGCAAAGCCAUGAGGAAGUGGGUUGAGUCUAUCACAAAGAUCAUCCAGAGGAAGAAGCAGGCACAGGCUAACGGCCCGAGCCACAACAUCACCUUUGAGAGCCCACCUCCGCCCAUUGAGUGGCACAUCAGCAAACCAGGUCAGGUCGAGCAGUUCGACCUGAUGACCCUUCACCCCAUUGAAAUUGCUCGCCAACUCACUCUGCUCGAGUCUGACUUCUACAGGGCAGUUCAGCCAUCAGAGCUGGUGGGAAGCGUGUGGACAAAGGAGGACAAAGAAAUGAACUCUCCUAACCUUCUCCGUAUGAUCCGCCACACCACCAAUCUUACCCUCUGGUUCGAGAAGUGUAUCGUGGAAACCGAGAACCUGGAGGAGCGAGUCGCUGUGGUGUCGCGCAUCAUUGAGAUCCUGCAGGUCUUUCAGGAGCUUAAUAACUUUAACGGUGUCCUCGAGGUGGUCAGCGCCAUGAACUCUUCUCCUGUAUACCGGCUCGACCACACCUUCGAGCAAAUUCCGAGCCGACAGAGGAAGAUUCUAGAAGAAGCCCAUGAACUCAGUGAGGACCAUUAUAAGAAGUAUUUGGCCAAACUCAGGUCCAUUAAUCCACCAUGUGUGCCCUUCUUUGGUAUAUAUUUAACAAAUAUCCUGAAAACGGAGGAAGGAAACCCUGACUUCUUGAAGAGACAUGGCAAAGAGCUGAUCAACUUCAGUAAGCGGCGGAAAGUAGCAGAGAUUACCGGAGAGAUCCAGCAGUACCAAAACCAGCCAUACUGCCUACGGGUCGAAAGUGACAUACGGAAAUUCUUCGAGAACCUGAACCCGAUGGAGGACAUGACCGAGAAGGAGUUUACAGACUAUCUUUUCAACAAGUCCUUAGAGAUAGAGCCCCGCAACGCGCGUUCUCUGCCUCGAUUCCCUAAGAAGUACAGCUGCCCGCUGAAAUCUCCUGGCGUACGACCGUCCUCGAGUCGCCCGGGCACAAUGCGUCACCCGACACCUCUGCAGAACGAGCCGAGAAAGAUCAGCUACAGUCGCAUUCCAGACAGCGAGACCGAGAGCUGUGCAGCAUCUGCGCCCAACUCACCCCGAACGCCCCUCACGCCCCCACCCGCCUCUGGAGCAUCCAGCUCCACGGAUAUCUGCAGUGUGUUCGACUCUCCGCAGGGUCCCUCCAGCCCCUUCCACUCGAACAGCGACACCAUUUUUGCCCCGGUUGCUCUGCCUCAUGGCCCACGAUCAUCGUCUGUUUCCUCCAUGGUGAGUUUCCACAGGAGUACAGACGACCCCCCUGUCCCACCUCCUGUCCCGCCACGGCGGCGUCCUGAAUCCGCUCCGGCCGAGUCCUCGCCCUCAAAGAUGAUGUCAAAACAUGUGGACAGUCCCCCUGCCAUCCCCCCUAGGCAGCCCACCGGAAAACUGUACCCAAUGCGUUACUCGGUGCCGGACGCUCCCUCCAGUCCGCCCUCGCUGCCUCCUCGCGAGCCCUUGCGCACUCCUGAUGUGUUCUCCAACUCGCCUCUGCUCCUCCAGCCUCCCCCCCAGGGGCGCCGUGCUGAACCCAGCCACUUUUUCCCUUCGUCUCCAUCACCGCUUGGACCCCGGAAACUCCCGGUCUCAGCUCCUACGCUGCAUGUGCUCGAGUGCGACACUCCACACAGUGCUGCCGGACCCCCUCUGCCCCCCCGCCACAGUACAGCGAUCCCUAAACUGCCGCCAAAAACGUACAAAAGGGAGCGGGAAGGUCCGCCGCUUCUCGAGAACGCCAACCUUUCCUAAAGAGGAAACACUAAAGACUGCAGACGAGAAGUGAUAUAUAUCUAUAUCUAUAGAUAUAGAUGUAGAUGUAGAAGAGAAAGAAAAGAGAGAGGGAGAGAGACCAAUGACUUUUUCAACAACAAAAAAAAAAAAGACUUUGAUGAAAUGCCAGUGUUGGACUUUUGGAGGAGACAAACAUAAAAUGAAAAAUGUGCCCUUAAACCGUUCAGAUUGUGUGUUUUUUUUUUUUUUUUUUUUUUAAUGAAGUGAAACUCCUGCAGGUUGUCUCUGUAUAUUUUUGUUAGGUUUUUUUUGUUGUUGUUUUGUCUUUUUGAAAGCUGGUUUUUUUUUUUUUUUUUUUGGUCCUUGUCUGAUGUUUGUUCAUUUCAUUUUGCUGUUUGUUGUUUUUGUUUUUUGUAUGUUGCUUGUUUUCAUCUGCCUUUCCUCCUUUCCUUCCCCCAGCACAGCUGCAGUCAGGACCAUCUUUAAAAAAAAAAAAAAAAAAAAAAAAAGGAAUAAAAACCCCAGACAUACGCAAAUCAUUAACAUUAAUGCUGGAUAACAAAAGACUACAGCGCAGUUUGAACCAGCUCGUAAAUAAAGCAAAUCUACAAAGCAAAGAUUCUCUUCACAGACUCUGUGCCUGCCUCCUUAAUGCUAAGGACCACCUUGGCCAAUGUGAUGCUGGACGACAGGUAGGACUCGAACGAUAGGACUCCCUCUGCCUCAGCCUUUAUCUUAACCACACCUCAUUGCGUGCAUAACAAAAAAGGGACUGGGAGACGAGAGCUGCGUUCGUGUUUAACCCCCCACGGGGAGAGAUGUGUGUGCCAGUAGUCUCGAGUACCACGAGUCAAAGGUACCCUCCUACAACCAAAGAGGUACUUUCAUGCUUUCAAGAAACACAGAAAAAAAAAAAGAAGCGAUUGUCCUUUGUGUUAGAACUUUUAUUUUCUGAAUCAUUUCUGUUAUAUAAUAAGUAUGUAAACAUGGUUGCCUUCUUAAACCAAGGGAAUAAAAGUGUUUCUACCA